AUGUUCGCUAAAAGCAAUGGCCUCGCUGGUGGAUGGGGAUGGGAUGAUUAUACAAUCAUUGUCUCAUAUAUCAUCGGUACCGCCAUAUAUGUUCUGGACAUCUAUAUGAUACGUAAUGGCUUUGGUCAAAAUAUUUGGGACCUCCCUUUUCCCACAAUAACUAGGUUCUACCAGCUGUUCCAAGCUAUGGCCGUUAUGUAUAAGGUUCAAAUUUCCCUCGCAAAGAUCUCCGUGUGUCUCUUCCUACUCCGCAUUUUCCAAGCACGCACAUUCCGCUAUUUUGCAUACGCGCUUAUCGGUAUAAACGCCUCAAUCGGUAUUACAUGGGCCUCGGUGGAUGGCUUCCGCUGCACGCCGACACGCCUAACAUGGCUUGGUUGGAUGAAUGAAGAACCUGGAUACUGUAUCGAUUUUAUCGCCGCGGUUCUAGUUAACUGUCUGGUGAAUAUCGUUGUCGACUUUAUCUUGAUCAUUACGCCGGUGUAUGAAGUGAUUAAGUUGAAGUUGCCUCUACGGAAGAAGCUUGCUGUGGCAUCGAUGUUUAUCGUGGGCUCUGUUCUGACGGUUAUCGCUAUUAUCCGAGUCGUCGUCUUCUGGACCAACCGCUGGGGCUCUAACGAGACGCUCGGCCUAUACCCCCUCAUGCACUGGUCUGUCAUCGAAUGCCAGAUUUCCGUCAUGUGCGCUUGCUUGCCUGCAUUCAGAGCUAUCAUCGGUCGGUGGUUCCCCCAGUUGCUAGGCGGAUCGUCGAAUCGAACGAAACAACCGUACACCGCUGAGUACUAUCACCAAAAGUCCAAGGCGAGUGGGAACAUUAAUAAGUCUGUUACCUACUCCGUGAACUAUGAGUCCCGGUCACCGACGAGUAGUGAUGUGGAGUUGGUGGAUAUGGACCUGCAACGUCGCAAUGAUGGAUGA